GUUUCCUUUCCUUAGUUAGUCAAAGAGACUUGACUCGUCCUUGCUUUGUUGUGACUCUCGUCGGUACGGAGAUCUGGGAGCGCGAUAGAGAAGAGCCAUGAGUCGAAAACCUACUAUCCUGGAUCUUACCCUUGACGAAAUUAUUACAAAGAUUAGACCUACGCAGGAAGAUUGGGAUGCAAGGAUCGGUGCUAUUAAACAGUUGAGUUGCUUCUUAGAAAGUGUAGAAUGUUUAAGAGGUGCUACUGUUCAACCAUAUGGAUCCUUUGUGUCAAACAUCUUCACACAAUCCGGAGACUUAGAUAUAUCUCUUGAUAUAUUCAGCAGUUCUUCUGUGACCAAGAAGGGUAAACAAGAGUUGCUAUUGCCUUUGUAUCAAAAGUUGCAACAGUAUGUUAAAGCAGGUCUGUGUCGCGACCUCGAAUUUGUUCCGAAUGCCCGAGUUCCCAUUGUCAAAUUCUUGAACGUAAUCCACAACAUUCCUUGUGACAUUUCUAUCGAUAGUCUGCAAGGGCUUUUGAGGAGCAGGUUCUUCUUCUGGAUCAGUGACGUAGAUCAGAGAUUCCGCUACCUGGUUUUGCUAGUGAAGCAAUGGGCCAAAGCUCACAAUAUCAACGAUGCAAAGAGCGGGACUUUCAACUCCCACUCUCUCUGUUGGUUAGUCAUCUUCCAUCUUCAGACUUGCGAGCCUGCAAUCUUGCCGCCUCUAAAUAUGAUAUAUCCGAAGACUGCCACUGAUGAUCUGACAGGUGUACCCAAAACUGCAGAGGAAAGAAUAGCGCAAGACGAUGCUGCUCGUUUAGAGAUUAAAUCGUUCACAGAAAAAUCAGCCAACCAAAGCUCAUUCUCGGAGCUUUUGGUCACGUUUUUUCAAAAGUUUUCAGACAUAAACGUGAGGGCCGAACAAUACGCUGUUUGCCCAUAUACUGGAACAUGGGAAAGCAGAAGCAGCAACACUAGUUGGAAGGCAAAAAAGUACUCACUCUUCGUUGAAGAUCCUUUUGAGCAGCAGGAGAACAUUACAAGGAGUGUGCAGGGGAUCCAUUUGGACAGAAUUGCUCAAGAAUUUGAGAAGGCAUGGCGCUGUCUUGCCUCAGAGUCGGAUAGAACCUCCAUCAUUCGGGUUCUGACAGAGGAACACACUCAACAGUCUUUGUUGGACCAACCCCAGGGAUCUUUAAGGGCAACAGAGCAAGUGCAGCAGAGCUACACUACUCCAUAUUGGACACAACCAACACAGUCCCUACCACAACAGAACUGGUCUCCCACCAGUGACCCAUGGAGCCAGCAAGUGCACCAGAGCUACUACACUACUCCAAAUUGGACACAACCAACACAGUCCCUACCACAACAGAACUGGUCUCCCACCAGUGACCCAUGGAGCCAGCAAGUGCACCAGAGCUACUACACUACUCCAAAUUGGACACAACCAACACAGUCCCUACCACAACAGAACUGGUCUCCCACCAGUGACCCAUGGAGCCAGCAAGUGCACCAGAGCUACUACACUACUCCAAAUUGGACACAACCAACACAGUCCCUACCACAACAGAACUGGUCUCCCACCAGUGACCCAUGGAGCCAGCAAGUGCACCAGAGCUACUACACUACUCCAAAUUGGACACAACCAACACAGUCCCUACCACAACAGAACUGGUCUCCCACCAGUGACCCAUGGAGCCAGCAAGUGCACCAGAGCUACUACACUACUCCAAAUUGGACACAACCAACACAGUCCCUACCACAACCGAACUGGUCUCACACCAGUGAACCAUUGAACCAGCAAGUGCACCAGAGCUACUACACUACUCCAAAUUGGACACAACCAACACAGUCCCUACCACAACCGAACUGGUCUCACACCAGUGAACCAUUGAACCAGCAAGUGCACCAGAGCUACUACACUACUCCAAAUUGGACACAACCAACACAGUCCCUACCACAACCGAACUGGUCUCACACCAGUGAACCAUUGAACCAGCAAGUGCACCAGAGCUACUACACUACUCCAUAUUGGACACAACCAACACAGUCCCGACCACAACAGAACUGGUCUACCAGUGACCUAUGGAACCAGCAGAGAGACUAGCACUCCGAGGAGGACUGACAUAUUCAGGGACAACGCUCUAACUUAAGGUUACUCGUCGGUUUCAGUUAUAUAUGCGGACGAUCAACAAUCUCAUCGUUUUAGAGGAUCAACAAUAGGACAUAUCACAACACUACUAAGGAUUUGUUAGCACUGUUCUAUUGCAUUUAUUUUUAGUCACUAUUCAAUAUGAUGAUCUUCUUAUGUAUUGGAGUUGAAUUUCAGAAACAAGACAAUUGUUCCGAUA